AUGACGACCAUUAUCAUCGUCUCCACAAAUACACAGGUUAUCAUGUCUUCAUCCAGGAACAAGGGCAAGCGGCCUGCAACAGACCUUCAACGAAACCAGCAACACCGCCCACUGCGUUUUCUGAAGCCAAUAAUAAGGCCCCCAAGCUUCAAACUGGCCCUCCCGAUCGGUCCAUACAAACUCCUGAGCGGGGCCCCGUACAUGACCCUCAUGGUCCCUGACGGCAGGUGUAUCGGCCAUCGGUGCUUCUGGGAACAACAGCAAAAUGGCAGCAUCACAUUGACCCGUGGUUGGCCAGAGUUCUGCCGGACAUACCAAAUUAAUUUAGACUCCAUACUUCUUUUCAAGCACAAGGGGAACUCUGAAUUCCAAGUGCGUAUCUUUGACUUCGGUGGACGCGAAAACACGUACUGCACCCGACCGUCAAAGGAGCCUCCGUACGAAGCAAAAGGUACUUACCGGCGUGCCCGCUGUAUCAACAAUCCUUCCUCACACAAGGCGAAAGCGAUAGCCCAGACGCACAAGACCAAAUGGCCAUUCUUUGUCAUGGACCUCACUAACUGCGUCUUGCACUCCCACCUGUUGCUAAAUGUCCCUCAUCUGAGCCAUUUCACUGGUCAGAGACACACGCUCUUCCUAUCACACGGACACAUUGAGGUCGAGGCAACCUACACCAGAUUUAGUGGCAAGCGAGACGGUAGCUUCAGGGUCAUCUCCGGAGGUUGGGAAGACUUUGUUAGACUGUGCAAAUUCGAGCCCGGAGGUGUGGGGAUCUUCGAGGUCAUGUCAACUGAGCCAGUCACAGUACUGCAGGUCCGAUGUCGCAACGAUGCUGCAAGCUCCUGA